CUCGUCUCCAUCGCUCUCCUGCAAAUGACAGCAGCAGCACCCACUGUGUCAGAGCGCUCCCAAGCCGUCAAAAAGCGUGAGGGCGAGCAAAAUGUCGAGAAGCGCGCCUGGAUUGGUUCCUACGUUAUCAAUGACGACGAUGAAGGUAAUCAUCUAGUGCUGAUCUUGUUUUUGAGUGUUUUAGUACUUACUCACUCUGUUAAACAUUCAGUUCUUGACAACCCCGAAGGUUAUAGAAGCGCUAGGACGUCUCGACUCUCCGAGACCGCUGGCAGUUGUCCCUCUGAGGUCCAAGUCUUGCAGAUCAUCGAAGCUGUCAUGGUCCAAUGA